CAUAAAAAAUGCCCUUGCUGCCAUUAUAACAUCUCGACUGUCAAUUCCUACGCUAUCUCGUAGCUAGAGACAAUGCACAGCUUCUUCGUGGAGCCUGAAGAAUUUCGCUCCAUGUUCUGUGUAAAUUCUAUCAAGAAUGAUCAUUCCAACUUUAGACCUUUCUUGCCUGGCUUCGAAAUAUCUCAUGCUACCCAAAUUAUUUUCUCGCUUAUUGCCGUCUUUUCUCUUGUAUCAACUGACGUCCCUAGGUCUCCACUCAUCCACCCUCCUGCAAAGUAUCAGCCAGGAGUACAGCAAUGACUUCAACAACGCCCCCAGAUGUCGCAGCCCACGUUGAAUCCCUGAUCCCCCAGUUCCAAUUGACCCGCCUACUCAACUCCGACCAAGCCGGCCGCCGCAUCUCCCUCCUUGGCACUAUAUCUUCUCAGCCGGCCUUAUUGAUCGCCGAACGCGCCGCCUUUGACACUUCCACUUCCAACCUCGAAUCCUUCUCUACCUCUCUCCGCAACAUCAAGAACUUGGGCGCAAACGACAUCUACGCUUGGUUUCUCGCAAACUCCAACCCAAAUUUCACCGGCGAAGACGGACAGCCACCACCAGACUUUAAGCUGAACUUGAUCCACCCAUGCACAGAGAAACAUGUCAAGAAGUAUGAAAAACAAGGCCUGCGCGUAGUAACAGAGACGCCGGAGAUUUAUGCAAAGUAUGUACGGCCGUAUAUGCAGCGCCAGAGGGAAAAGGGUGCGCUGAACUGGGUGUUCAAUAUCAUCGAAGGGCGAACUGAGCAAGAAGACGUCAUGUAUCGCGAACAUGGCGAUGAGGGUUUCUUACUAUUGCCGGAUCUGAACUGGGACCGCAAGACCAUCGGGGGUCUACAUUUACUUGGCCUAGUCGAACGGCGAGACAUCUGGAGCGUGCGCGAUCUCAAGAAGAGCAUGGUGGAUUGGGUGGAGCACAUGCGGGGGAAAAUGAUCGAAGCGACUGUCAAGCUGUAUCCUGAAAUCGAGAAAGAUCAACUGAAGCUCUACGUACAUUACCAACCAACAUACUACCACUUUCACAUCCACAUCGUGCAUGUCUCACUCGAGGCAGGCAGCACUCAAGCCACCGGCAAAGCCCUCGGUUUAGAAAAUAUUAUCUCCCAACUAGAGACCAUGGCCGGAAAGCCUGAUGCAGGUAUGCAAGACGUUAGCCUGACAUAUCAUCUCGGCGAGAGGAGUGAGCUAUGGGAAAAGGUGCAUCUGCCACUGAAAGGGGGACUGGAGGUUAGGGUAGAAGAGUUUUGAAUGCAGUUAUGCAGUGGGGUGAGAUUAGAUAGCUCCCGAACGAUACUCAAUCAAGACUAUGUGA